AUGGCCAACACCAAACUUAUUCUGCCUUUUGCCCUUGUGGCUUUGGCUUCUAUGGGCGCUGCUCAAUCCUCACUCCCAAAUGAUGCUCCCAGCACUUGUCCCUCUCUUGGUGGCCAGUCCGCUACCGUUGGAGGCGUUGUUAAGGUCGAGUGCGACACCUGGUACAAUGGUUAUGAUUCUGUUCCAACCUCGGCCUCGACUCAACAACAGUGUGGCGAGCAGUGUCACGCAUCAAAUGACUGCGAGGGAAGUAUUUGGGUUGCCGCAGCAGCAAAAUGUUACCCAAUUCGCCAGAGUCUCGGGGCCCCUCAGACAGCGAGCGGAUAUGUUACACUCCGUCCGGAUCGCAGUGCUACCCCUCCUACUUCCUGCCAGGUCCCUGCGUUUAAAUACUGCAACUCCGGUGGAUCUGACCAAGUUGUUCAAAUUGGAAAUGUUUCUAUGAAGAAAAAGUGCCACGUGAAUAUGGGCAAGCCACAGAUGUCUCUUCUGAAGGUCGUGAAGGGGCUAAGUCAAGCGGAGUGUGCUUUAAUCUGUGCUCUUAACAAAGGAUGCUUGAGUGCCUACCACGUGGAAGUUGCUUCAUCAACCACGGGCGAAUGCCAACUCCAAACAAACAAUAUUGAAUCUCAACUAAAUAAGGGACCACUCGACGUGGCUUUUAUUCGAGUGUGA